AUGUUGUCAUUGGUGCAAGACGCAGGCAUAAAAGAUAUUGCGCGAGAUCCGAUGAAGGCGCGUGAUUUCGUGAAGGAACGUUUCUGCCUUGAUGAGACGGAAGAAAGGGCGGCGCACCGAUUUGCUAGUCGUAUCUUCGACUCCAUCAAGGCUAUUAUGCCGGAAGUGAUGGAGAGAAUUCAUACUGUUUUGCAGGUAGGUUGUUCUGCGUAUUUCAUAAAGUAUUUGCGCUUACUAUUUGUGGAUAGCACUGUCGCUUACACCACCGUUGCCAUUAGCACUCUUGAUACCAAUGUUACCACUGCCUACACCACCGCCGACAUUGUUUGUAGCCUCUGA